CACUCACCCCCUCCCUCCUCAUUCGUCCGCACCCUCCCUGUCUCUCCAUCUCAAUCCACGGCGCCUCACCCAAAAAUCACUUCCGCCAGAGACACGUCUUUUUUUUCUUGCUUGCCUACCCCUUCACCCUCUCUUUUGUUGCUUUCCUUUAAAUCCUUGAACCCGCCUCCCCAUCUAAUAUCGCAGCCUCUCGCACAUACCACCUGAAACACAACCACCAUGCCGAUCUCGUUACUACCCGCCUCGGCUGCGGCCUUUGCGCCCCGUUCCAACGUAAACGUUGUUUUGGCCUCCAAGGCCGAGCCAUGGUUAACACAAACACUCAAGAGAGUCAAUCGUGUCAAGCGGCCCUUGAACAGCGUCCAGCAACACACGCGCUGCCUGACCGAGACACUGUCGGGCCCCAACGCCAUCUGGUCGCUCUGCUCCAUCAUGGUCCCCAAGGCUCCCGACUCGGAACUGCGCAAGGACUCCAACCCGCUCGUCGAGGCCCUCUUCAACUACCAGCUCAUCCACAUCGAGGCCUAUGUCGUGCACGUCGACAUGGUUUCACAGCAUGAGGUUGCAUUCAAGCUUACACCAGAGACCAUCGAGGCGCUUAUCGAGUACCACAAGGACAUUUACUCGGUCGACGUGGCCGCCAGCACCUGGGAGUGGGCCGAGAAGGAGCAGCAGCUCAAGAAGCUUCAGGACGGCUUCGUCCAGGCCGUCAACCGCUAUGUCUUCCGCACCGGCGUCAAGGCUCUGGAAGGUCUCGAGGAGGAAGGCGCGGGAGAACUGCUCGAGGGCCGAGGCGAGGACGUCAAGAGUGCCAUCAUGGGACUGUUCCUCCCGCUUCUUCCUCCGCCUCCCCGCAUCGUCGACGUGGUCCGCCCCGCACCUCUGCUGCCCAGCUCGUCGGCGUCAGCCAACUGGUGGGUGCCAACACAGCAGGUGCACCCGUCGCACUCUGCGCCCGUCGACUCGUGGAGAGUGGUGCCUUCGACGCCCAGCCCGACCAUUGCUACCUGCGGUGAGACGGGCCCCUCGUUCUGGAGCACCAUGGGAAACAUGGGGUUUGAGGCCAUCCAGCUUCCGUCGCCGACGCCUUCGUUUAGCCAGCCAUACAACUCGACAAGCCCAUAUGCACCAAGCACCAGCCCGUACACGUCGAGUUCGUACUACAGCCCGCCCCCGGCAUCGGCACCGAUCCCUGCCCUUCCUCUGCCGAGCGUGCUGGCCCAGCAGUGUGGUUCAAGCGCCGUGCACGGAGGAUUCGGCGGCUUCGGAUGGGACACGGGAUUUGCACCACAGUACGCUGCCUUUACAUAAGCUGCAUGGGCGACUAUGCUGUGGUACAUGUACCUGAUCUCCGUCGAUGGCGGGAAGCGCGGACCUGGCCAGUUC